GGGGGUAUCACCGAUAUAACGUUAAUGUUCACAUGACGUUCGAGUUUUGGGCGAGACGAUUGCAGGAGUUUGUGAUAAUUCCCACUGCCUUACGAGCAGAUUAAACCAUUGGACUGGGAAAAAUGUCUUCGGCGGACAUAGCCAUACUCGUGGACAUGGGCUUUACCAUGUUGAAGGCGGAGAAGGCCUUACAGAUUACGGGGAAUAAGGGCGUGGAGCCGGCGAUGGAAUGGUAUUUGUUAAAUAUUUGUUUUCAAAAAGUAGUAGAGAAUAUGUACAAUAUUUUAGAUAACAAUCUUUAUAUUUUUAGGCUACUGGCUCAUUCGGAUGAAACCGAACCCGAGCCCCCGAUGGUAGAGAAUUCAGUAAAGGAAGUCAACAAUACAGGGAACGAAGUCAGCGAAGCGUCUGAAGAAGACGGUGCUCCAAGUGCUAGUAACCAAGUUUCCACAACCGAGGGUGCGAAAAGUCUGAAGUGUAAUUUGUGCGGGAAACUAUUUAAGACCAACCUCGAGGUAGAGUUCCAUGCAACAAAAUCUGGGCAUGACAGUUUUUCGGAAAGCACAGAGGAGAAGAAGCAGCUUACGGAGGAAGAGAAGAGGCAACAGUUGAAGCUGCUCGAGGAGAAACUGCGGCAAAAACGAAAGGAACGGGAGGAACAGGAGAAAAGGGAGACGUUUGAAAAGGAGCGCAAUAGGAUACGCUCUGGAAAGGAAAUGACUGAAGCGAGGAAAAAGCUUGAAGAGUUAGAAAUGAAGAAGUUACUAGAGCAGAGGAAAAGAGAGAAGGAGGAGGAGCGGAUGGCUCGACAAAGAGUCAAGGCACAAAUUGAAGCAGACAAAGCUGCCAGACGAGCCAAGGCUGGGAAUGGAAGCGCUAACCAAACCCCUGAGCCUGCAACAUCUCCUGUGUCGUCCACACCAUCGGCCACUCCCUCGACAAAAGACUACAGUGAGACUAAGAUUCAAAUCAGACUUACUAACGGUCAGACACUCACCCAAACCUUUGGAAGCAAGGAGCAGCUUUCAGCCGUUCGAUUGUUCAUUGAAAUAAAUAGGAAAGACGAUGCGCAGCCUUUCAACCUCAUGACGUGCUUCCCAAAGAAAGUGUUUACGGAAGAGGACUACGAUACACCCCUCGACGUAUUGGGCCUUGUGCCAUCGGCAGUUGUGAUUGUGCAGAAAAAGUUGGACCGAUGGUAACAUAUCGACGUCAUCGUAUCUCCAGCCCUUUCCUGAUCGAACCUACAGUUCUCAGUCUCGCAUUAUUAUGAACGAUCUUGCGGCUAUUAUAUAAUAGUUUAAAUUAAAACAAUUCCCUUUUUUUUUUCUCCUACCAUACUGUCAUUCGCUUGACUGUGACUCGGAGUCCAUUUGUAGCGAAAGGGCUUCGACAGAUUACUUUAUGAUAAGAACUUCGAGGUAUUUAGUAGCAAAAGUCGAGAUUCCGUAUCGGUGUCGGCGAUUGCGAGAAUUCGGAAAGAAGGACAGUAUUUCGUCGUGCGUUUCCAAAAUAUAUUUGUCACAGUUUAUUUUUUAAAUUUAUUCUAUUGGUUCGAAUAACACGAAUAUAAAAAGUCUUUGAGAAUUCGUAGCUAAUUACGCAUAUAGAAAUGUAUCGCUGCAGCCCAUUUCUGGAACCGCGUCGCUGAAAGGCGCGCAUCGCAUGAAUGUUUGAUAAGAUUUUUACGUUGAAAAUAAAUAUAAAACUCAAAGAUGGGCCAAAUGAUCGCCCGACAAUGUA